AUGGCUGCUCAUCUCAUCGUUCUUCUUCUUUUCAGUGUGCUCAAAGGAGUUCACAGCAUAACCACAGUCAGUAAAGUAUCAGUGGAAGCUGGAAAAUCUAUCUCCAUCCCAUGUCUCUAUGAGUCACAAUAUAUAGACCAUGUGAAGUACUUGUGUGAAGGACAUAUAUGGAGCUCCUGCAGCUAUGCAGUAAAAACAAACAAACCAGACCCUUCAGGAAAAUAUUCAAUCUCUGAUGACAAAAAAGGACAAAUUUUUACUGUGACUAUAAAAAAUCUGACAAAUCAAAAUACUGAUUACUGGUGUGUGGUGGAGAUUAAUAAUGGACCGGACUGCGGACAGUAUUUUCAACUAUCAGUUACCAGUGAUACCCCCAGUCUCUACGUGGAUCAUCAGAAGAUUACAGGAUAUAUUGGAGAAAACAUAACUAUUAGAUGUCACCCGAAUAACUCUGGAGAAAUGAAGUGGUGCAGGCUGGGCAGGAACUGUGUGACAGGAUCAUCUGGAUCCAUAGAUGGAACAACAGUGACCACUCAUAUGAGAGACCCAGAUGUUUCCACAGUGACCAUGACUGGACUAAGGUCAGAGGACAGUGGCUGGUAUUGGUGUUCUGAAGGGGACAUUCAGAUACCAGUAUAUUUAAAUGUUACUGAGAAACCGAUUAAGAGAUGA